AUGGUGUCCGGCACAAACGCCACAAUUGUGUUCACCCUUAAAACAUUAAAACUUUUCUUUCUUUCUUUCUUUUUCUUUCUUUCUUUCUUUCUUUCUUUCUUUCUUUGUCGUUUUGUUUCUUUCGCUUUUUUUUUCUUCUUUUGGUCUUUGGUACUUAAUUCCUUUCUAUCUUUAUUUGUCACUUUUUCAUUAGCACUUUCUUUCUUUCUUUCUUUCUUUCUUUCUUUCUUUCUUUCUUUCUUUGGCAUUUUCUUUCUUCAUAACUUUUUCUCUUCUCUUCUUUCAAUCUUUCUUUCUUUUUUCUUUCCUUCUUUGCUAUUUAAUUCCUUUCUUUGUCACUUCAGUAUGUGUGCAUUCUUUGUUUUUCUCUUUUUUUCUUUCUUUGGCAUUUCCUUUCUUUCUUUCUUCAUAACAUUUUCUCUUCUAUUCUUUCAUUGUUUCUUUUUUGUCUUUCUUUCUUUGACGCUUAAUUCUUCCCUUUGUCUGUCACUUUGCCAUGAGUGCAUUCUUUCUUUCCUUCUUUCUUUCUUUGUAAAUUCGUUCUUUCUUUCUUUCUUUUUUUCUUUCUUUCUUCGGCUCUUAACUCCUUUCUUUGUCCGUCACUUCGUCCAUUGCUGCAUUCUUUCUUUCUUUCUUUCUUUCUUUCUUUCUUUGAUUUUCUGGUUGUUUGUUUGUUUCUUUCUUUCUUUCUUUGGCCUUUCCUUUCUUAGUUCUUUUUUUGUACUUCAUUCCCUCCUUACCUUAUUUCGUACAUCCUUUCUUUCUUUCAUCAUUUAUCUAAAAAAAAAUUGCUCCUUACUUUUUCUUUCAUUCAUUAGCUCGUUCAUUCUUUCUUACUAUAUUCCUCUUUUUUCUUGGAUUUCUUCUUUGGUAUUUUACUCUUUAUUUUCUUCUUUCGGUAAUUCUUCCUUCGCAGAUUCUUUUUUUCUUUUCUUUCUUUAUUUAUUUGCAAAACUUCAUCUGUCGUUUGUUUGUUUGUUUUCUUUUCCUUUUCUAUUUUUCCUUUAUUGUUUUUCCUUCUUCAAUGCUUCCUCCUUCCUUUUCUCUUUCAUUUUCUUUCACCGAUUCAUUCAUGUUGUCAAUAUCUUUCUUUCUUUAUCUUUUUGUUUCUUUCUUUUCCCCUUUCUGUCUUUCUUUAAAAUUUCUCUCUUUCAUAUAUUUUUUUUUCUUUUUCGCCUUUCACAAUUCUUUCACUUCUUUCAUUCUUUACUCAUUCGUUUUGCCGUUUUCUCUUAUUUUCUGUCUUUUCUUCAUUUUUUUUUUUUUUCAUUUUCUUCUUCUUUUUAA